AUGUUGAGCAAUUUAAAGCAAUCGAAGAAGGCCCAUUUGUUUUAUGUUGCUGAGGGAGAAAUUUUUAUAUCAGAGGUUUUCAUAAUCUUUGAAUAUGGAAAGGGACAAUUCAUGGGUGACAUGGAAGUUUCUGCAGUUUCUAUGGAUUUAAUUAUACCCAAUGAUCUGUUGGAGAGGAUUUUAGCAUAUCUUCCUGUUGCAAGCAUUGUUAGGGCAGGUUGUGUGUGCAAAAGAUGGCACGAGAUUGUAACUUCAAAGGGAUUUCUUCAGAAUUUUCUGCAUGUCCUUCCACAGAAGCCUUGGUACUUUAUGUUUACAAGCUCAGACGAACCCGUUGGUUUUGCAUAUGAUUCCGUACUUCAAAAGUGGUACGGCAUUGAACUCCCUUGCAUUCAGACAUCCAAUUGGUUUGUUUCUUCUUCGUCUGGGUUAGUUUGCGUCAUGGACAAUGAUAGCAGAAGUGAAUUGUACAUCUGUAACCCAAUAACCAAAUGCUACAGGAGGCUUGUCGAGCCACCAGGUCCAAAAUUUUCCGAUUACAGUGCAUUGGCGAUCUCGGUGAACAGAGUAUCUCAUAAAUAUCAUAUCUCGAUUGUUAGAUCAAACCAAGUUCAGGGAAAUUUCUUUCAGUGGGAUCUCUCAAUCCACGUGUAUAAUUCGGAAACAAUGAUGUGGACGACAACUUUGACUGAGGUUCUAACUGGGUGGAGAGCGGGUGACGAGAGUAUCAUUUGCGAUGGAAUUUUGUACUUUCUGAUAUACUCAACUGGUGGUGGUACUAAUAAUCGCCAUGCUCUGGUCUUGUAUAACCUAGAAAAUGGAUCGUCCUGUGGUUUAUUGAUGAGAAGUUCCAUCCCGGUUCCAUGUUCUCUUACAUGUGGCCGUUUGAUGAACCUAAAGGAAAAGCUCAUAAUGGUUGGAGGAAUUGGAAAACAGGAUUGUUCCGGCAUUAUUAAGGGUAUUGGAAUAUGGACUCUGAAAGGAAAAGAAUGGCAAGAGAUAGCCCGAAUGCCCCAUAGGUUCUUUCAAGGUUUCGGGGAGUUGGACGAAGUUUUCGCUAGCAGCGGAAUGGACAACCUCAUAUUUAUCCAGAGUUAUGGAGCCCCUGCACUACUUAUUUUUGAUGUGAACCUUAAGCAAUGGAGGUGGUCACAGAAAUGCCCUGUGACAAAGAGGUUUCCCCUUCAGCUUUUUACUGGUUUUUGUUUUGAACCAAAACUAGAAAUAGCUCCUUAG